AUAACCUUUUAUUCUUACGUUUCGCUUUUAUUUUACUCAACAAACUAUACAAAUUCAGUUAAAAUAGAUCCAAAUCUUGUGUUUCUGUGUUAUAUUUCUAUAUUUAUAACGUUUUGCGUCACAAAAGAUGUUCUGUAUACAAGAAACGGAACCAUCACAUUCUGAUCCAUUCUCGAAAGACAAAGAUCCAUUAGGCAUGGCGAUAUCGGAAUCAAGUGAUGAUGAACCAGACGCGAAAAGACCGAAAUACACAAACUCCUCGUUAAACCUCAAAGUAUACCAAAUACCAACAUUCAACCCACCAAAAUCAUUAUCAAUAUAUCCAACAUCUCAAAGUAUAUUACCUAAGUUUGUUAAUAAUCCACUAAAUUUAGCAAAUCCACUAGCAAUUGCGACUAGUAAUCUACAGGCUACUAAUAUGGUGAAAAGUUUACAUAGCAGGUAUUCAUUGCCUGCGAAAUUAACUAUAACUCCAGUUCACAAACCCACUGACGGUGAGAUUAUAAGAUAUAAGAAGAAUGGUGAAAUAGCAAAGAAACGAGGACCUCCGAAAGGAUAUAAGAGGAAACCUAAAGUUGAUCUUUCUCAAAGUCUAAGUAAUGGAGCGCUUUUACAGGCACAAAAUACAAUCUUGACAAGUCUUCUUGCAGCGACCAAUCCAACAUUCACCACCACAGUGACGACAUCAGUAACUAAAGUGGUGCAACCACAAAUAUCGCAAAUUAAAAUACCAUCAGGUGUGGAAGUGGUAGAACUAGAUUUAGAUCCUGAAGACUGGUUUCCAGCAGAACCCUACAGAAUGGUGUUUAGUAGAAAGAAGAAUCCUAAAUGGAAGAACUUUCCUUACAGAUGUGAACAUUGUUUUAAGGGUUACCGAGUGGUAUCAACAUUACUGACACACGCGGCGGAACGUCACGGGUCAGUUCCCCGCGAGCUGGCCAUCCCCUGUCCCUGCUGUCCUCAUGUCUCCACACGUCGCAAGCACCACAAGAAACACCUCGAGACACAUGAAGGCAGACGGCACAGGAUAUUCUGUUUAUAUUGUCUACCACCACAUGAUUCAUCUGAGCCUUAUGUUAAAGAGGCUGAGAAGUACCCUUUCGACAAAUAUCCACAGUUCUGGUACGCGUCUGAGGAAUCUUUAAGGUUACAUAAAAAGAGGAAACAUCCAUACGCAGCCAUGUUUAACUACAAUUGGUUCUCUUCAUGGGGAGAAGGUACACCGAAUAGUUAGUUUUAUACCUAUUUCUACUAAUUUUAAAAUAUAUUUUUAUACUGGCAACUUUAUUAAAUCUAUAGUUUUAAUGGCAAUCAACUAUAAUAACGUCGGUGGCUUAGGAAUCAACUUGAUUUGCAAUCUGCAGUUCCUGGGUUCGAAUUC